ACUAGGCACAGCUUAGCACACAGAUACAGCAUAACGUCUAUUUCAGCCCCGCUGUAAGUGAUACCGCACUAAGGAACACUUUCAUCAAACUCCGUUGGGGGACAGAACACUACCCAGGCUACAGCCCAUUUAUGUGUUAUUUUUUGUUGCUGAAUAUUAACCUUUAAAAAAAACUGUGCCGAAAAAGCUGAAGUUUUCAGUAAUCGUACCAAACUGUUUAAUUUUUGUGCGCUCUUGGAUGGAAGUUUAUGCGCAUUGUUAAAACGCUGUUACACAUGAUCAAUGAAACGGUCUUCCAUACAAGCGAUUUGCACCAUUUGUUGCAAGAGAGAGCAUUUUAAAACACACGCAGGGCUAUUUCAUGUAAAUCAAGCGACUUGGACCAUCAGCAUCUCUCCUGCCUCCCGCGAUUGAACCACAGUUAACCCACGAUAUCUGAAGAGGAAUUACAUAGGCUCUUUGAGUUACAAAAAAAUAUUCUGCAAUCAUUGCCUUUGCCUCUCGCAUGUGGACCAUAGACUUUUUUAGGACAUGGAUCAUUUGCUGUAGUGGAUAACCCUACCCUGAUGUGUGUUUUUUGUUUGAUUCCCGCUACCAGAAGAGGAGCUUUUUUUAUCCACUUUCCCACUUCAGUGUAAUUCUAUGGCACUUCUUCUUCUAACGCACUGAUGUCGCUACGUGACGGGAAUUGCGAUUGAUUUUCCAUAUUCUGUUUCAAGGGAUAGAAGGUCAACAUUACUAUCACUAGUGUCAAGUAAAGACAGUGACAGAGUUGCAGCCUCUCUGAUUAUGGACUUAGCAGGUCAUGCCCAUGUGCUGGUGGUGUUGCUCACCUGCCUGGUCUUGCUGUCCUGGGCCCAAGAGAAGGACUACACGGUGAGGGAGGAGCAGCCCGAGAAUGUCCGCAUCGGGAACCUACGGAAGGACUUGGACCUGAACCUUGACCCUGACUUCAAGCUGUCCUCGCCACUGCAGUUUAAGCCCGUCUACAAAACGGGCGAUGUGCCUUUGGUGAGGGUAGAGGCCAACACCGGGGAGAUCUUCACCACGGCUCACCGCAUCGACCGAGAGAAGCUCUGCUCAGGAGUAUUCAACGAGAAGCGCUGCUUCUACGAGAUCGAGGUCGCCGUUCUGCCUGACGAGAUCUUCCGUCUGGUCAAGAUCCGGUUCCUGAUUGAGGACAUCAAUGACAACGCUCCACUCUUCCAGUCCACCGUAAUAAACAUCUCCAUCCCAGAGAACACUGCCAUCAACACCCGAUACCCCGUGCCCUCUGCAUUUGACCCAGAUGUGGGGAUCAAUGGGAUCCAACACUAUGAACUUGUCAAGAGUGUAAGUGAGUUUGGCCUAGACAUCAUCGAGACCCCAGAGGGAGACAGAUGGCCUCAGCUGAUCGUCCAGCAGAGCCUGGACCGCGAGCAGAAGGACACCUUCGUCAUGAAGAUCAAGGUGGAGGACGGAGGAACGCCACCCAAGUCCAGCACGGCCAUCCUCCAGGUCACCAUCUCCGACGUCAACGACAAUCGACCGGUCUUCAAGGACAGUGAGGUGGAGGUGAACAUCCCUGAGAACGCCCCCAUUGGAACCUCCGUCACCCAACUCCACGCCACAGACGCAGACCUCGGCUCCAACGCCCAGAUCCACUUCUCCUUCUCCAACCAGAUCUCCUCAUCCACCAAGAGGCAUUUUUCCAUAGACAGCACCACCGGGCUGAUGACUGUCAAGCAGCCCUUAGACAGAGAAGCCACUCCGGUCCACAAACUCAUCGUCCUGGCCAGCGACGGCAGCUCCACUCCCUCCAGAGCUAUGGUUAUUGUCAACGUAACGGACAUUAAUGACAACGUUCCGUCCAUAGACACUCGGUAUAUAAUGAACCUUGUAAAUGGAACAGUUCUACUGUCAGAGAAUGCUCCUCUCAACACAAAAAUAGCCCUAAUUACAGUGACGGACAAGGACUCGGAUCUGAACGGCAAAGUGACUUGUUACACUGACCAUGAUGUUCCUUUCAGGUUAAAGCCAGUCUUUAAUGACCAGUUCCUGCUGGAGACUGCGGCCCCCUUAGAUUACGAAACAACCAGGGAAUAUGCAAUUAAGAUAGUAGCGUCGGAUUCAGGGAAGCCUCCUUUGAACACUUCAGCGAUGGUUUUAAUAAAAAUUAAGGAUGAGAAUGACAACGCUCCCAUCUUCCCUCAGCCUGAGAUUCAGCUGUCCAUACCAGAGAACAAUGAUCCAUCCACGCAGCUCAUAAAGAUCAGUGCCAUGGAUGCAGACAGCGGACAUAAUGCAGAGAUUAUUUAUUCUCUUGGCCCUGACGCUCCUGAUGGUUUUAACAUAGAUAGACGGUCAGGAAUCCUCUCCGUUGGCAAACGCCUGGAUAGAGAGAAGCAGGAGAAGUAUUCGUUCACUGUCAUGGCUAGGGACAAUGGGUCUACUUCCCUGCAGAGCAAUGUCACUGUGAGGUUAAUAGUGCAGGACCUCAACGACAACAGCCCAGCUUUCACCCAUCCUGAGUAUAACUUCUACGUGCCUGAGAACCUGCCUCUGUACGGGACCGUGGGCCUGAUCACCGUCACAGAUUCUGACGCAGGUGACAACUCCGUCAUAACACUGUCCAUCCUGAAUGGGAAAGACAAUUUCCUUAUUGAUCCCCAGACCGGUGUGAUCAAACCCAACCUCACGUUUGAUAGAGAGCAGCAGAGCUCAUACACUUUUAUGGUGAAGGCUAUAGACGGAGGGCAACCACCCAGCACUUCAUACGCCAAGGUCACCAUAAACGUUGUGGAUGUCAAUGACAAUCGACCCGUUUUUGUUAUCCCCUCGUCCAACUACUCUUACGAUCUGGUCCAGUCUACCACCAGCCCUGGGUCUGUGGUCACCAGGGUGUUCGCUAUAGACAAUGACACUGGCAUGAAUGCUGAGCUGCAGUACAGCAUCAUUGGGGGAUCACCAAGAGGGCUGUUUGCCAUAGACAAAACAACUGGUAAUAUAACUCUGCAGGAGAAGAUAGUCUCAGCCGAUCAGGGUUUACACAGGCUAGUGGUGAAAGUCAAAGACCUGGGCCAGCCAGAGUCCUUACACGCAAUCGCCCUCAUUCACCUGUUCAUUAACGAGACUGUAUCCAACGCUACGUUCAUUCAAGAGCAGCUACGUAAGAGCUUGGAGACUCCAUUGGACCGUAACGUGGGAGACAGUGAGGUCACACCCCAAGCCAACGGAUACGUGAUUGUUGUCAUCGCAAUUAUAGCUGGGACUAUGACAGUCAUCUUAGUCAUCUUCGUGACGGCCUUGGUACGCUGUCGGCAGACGCCCAGGCACAAAGUGGUGCAGAAGGGCAAGCAGAGCGGCGAGUGGGUGUCGCCCAACCAGGAGAACCGUCAAAUCAAGAAGAAAAAGAAGAAAAAGAAGAGAUCCCCUAAGAGCCUCCUCUUGAACUUUGUCACCAUAGAAGAAUCCAAGCCUGAUGAUCCCAGCCAGGAGCACAUUAAUGGAACCCUGGACCUGCCUGUGGAGUUAGAUGAGCAGACCAUGGGGAAAUACAACUGGGCCACUACGCCGACCACCUUCAAACCUGACAGCCCAGACUUAGCCAAGCAUUACAAGUCUGCCUCCCCCCAGCCAACCUUCCAAAUCAAACCAGAGACCCCGAUGGCGCCCAAUAAACACCACGUGAUUCAGGAGCUCCCGCUAGACAACACGUUUGUGGUGGGCUGUGACUCGCACUCCAAGUGCUCCUCCACCAGCUCAGACCCGUACUCGGUCUCAGAGUGCAGCUGUCAGGGGGGAUUCAAGACUUCUGGGCAAAUCCACACCAGACAGAAUCAGGGCCAGACACCAGAGAAGUCCUUCAGCUCAGUUGCAUCUACUUGUCCCCAUAAGGAGGGCUGUCUUCUCAGCAAGAUAACGGCUGUAAACACCCAGCGUCGUGUGACGUUCCACCUCCCGGAUGGUUCUCAGGAGAGCUGUAGCGACAGUGGUCUAGGGGACCACGAGCCCAGCAGCACUGCCAGCACCACUCAGCCUCUCCCCCUCGGCUUUCCCCAGGAAGAGUACUACCAACAGACUUCGCCCAACAGCCGCACCGAGGGAGACGGAAACUCUGACCCUGAGUCCACCAUAGUUGAGGUGAACCUGGCCAAGGCGCUGGCCGAAGCCUCGGAGACGUGCACCCAGGAAUGCCUGAUCCUGGGCCACUCUGACAGCUGCUGGAUGCCCCCGUCCCUGGUGACCCAGUUCCAGUCUCCGUCCAACACGGGUACCCUGCCUACCCUGCCCUCCUUUGGCUUCCAGCACCAGCAGAGCUCCCCAUGGGCCAGAGGAGCCAAGACGGAUGGGCGUCAGUGCCAUACCCUUGGCAGGUCUGUGCCCAAAGACGAUCUGGCUAAAGGGAUGAACCGGCCGCAGUUCUACAACACUCUGGAAAGACACUGCAGCAGCAAGAGUAAGGAGUCUGACCCCAUCAAGGUCAUCCCUCUGGCAAGCUUUUCCUCAUCUUCGUCAGGCCAGCAGACCCCAGCCAACGGAGGAUCCUCUGCCUUCUUACAUGAGCAUCAGCUGUAAGGGACCAGAGUAACACCAACCAGUUUGUCUAAAAUAUCUCGGUGUAUAUUUAACAUCGGUAGUAAGGGGCUGUAAGGGGACAGAGUAACACCAAUCAGUUUGUCUAAAAUAUCUUGGUGUAUAUUUAACAUCAGUAGUAAGGGGCUGUAAGGGGACAGAGUACCACCAACCAGUUUGUCUAAAGUAUCUUGGUGUAUAUUUAACAUCAGUAGUAAGAGGCUGUAAGGGGACAGAGUUUGUCUAAUGUAUCUUGAUGGUUUCUGAUUAUUGUGUGAACAUGGAAUGUGGAGGAAGGGACAAAACUGUUCCUCAGUCUCCACACUGUUGCUCCUCACACUCCACAAUGUUGCUCCUCACACUCCACAAUGUUGCUCCUCACACUCCACAAUGUUGCUCCUCACACUCCACAAUGUUGCUCCUCACACUCCACAAUGUUGUUCCUCUGUCUCCACAAUGUUGUUCCUCACACUCCACAAUGUUGUUCCUCUGUCUCCACAAUGUUGCUCCUCACACUCCACAAUGUUGUUCCUCAGUCUCCACACUGUUGCUCCUCACACUCCACAAUGUUGCUCCUCACACUCCACACUGUUGCUCCUCACACUCCACAAUGUUGCUCCUCACACUCCACAAUGUUGUUCCUCUGUCUCCACAAUGUUGUUCCUCACACUCCACAAUGUUGUUCCUCUGUCUCCACAAUGUUGCUCCUCACACUCCACAAUGUUGCUCCUCAGUCUCCACACUGUUGCUCCUCACACUCCACAAUGUUGUUCCUCACACUCCACAAUGUUGCUCCUCACACUCCACACUGUUGUUCCUCAGUCUCCACAAUGUUGUUCCUCAGUCUCCACAAUGUUGUUCCUCAGUCUCCACAAUGUUGUUCCUCACUCUCCACACUGUUGUUCCUCAGUCUCCACAAUGUUGUUCCUCACUCUCCACACUGUUGUUCCUCAGUCUCCACAAUGUUGUUCCUCUGUCUCCACAAUGUUGUUCCUCUGUCUCCACAAUGUUGACCUCAGUCUCCACAAUGUUGUUCCUCAGUCUCCACAAUGUUGUUCCUCAGUCUCCACAAUGUUGUUCCUCAGUCUCCACAAUGUUGCACAGAAGUGGAUCUGACAAUGGCUGUAAUCAUAUAAAUGGUAGUCCUAUACCAAAGUAGAUCCACAACAGAAGCAAAAUAUCUAAAACAUCAUAAUUUAUGUUUGGUAGAGUUUUUUGCUGAUCAGUAAUCAAAAAUAAUUUUGACCACCUAUGCGUAUUGGAACCAGCUCAGCGGAACCGUCCUACACACAAUUUACUUAACGAUAAACGAAACGCAAACACACAGUAUAGCUUGUGAACCCAAGGUGAAUGUUGUAUAUGUCCAAUCUCUGGUGAAAUAUUGCUUAGUGUAUCCAGCAAGACAUUCAGCUCCAGCUCCAACUGAUGAUCCAAGUUACUUUUUGCUCUCGUCUGAAUAUCUUUAUUGAAUCCCGUCUUGUUCAGGGGUCUGCAGACACAUACCUAAGACUCAAUGGACAAAAAAUGUUUCACUCUGUGUCGUGCUAACACUUUAUAUAAACAUGCAGUACAGUGCCAUCCCCCAUGAUACACCCAACACUGUUUCUCUUCAGAUGUUUCUUGUAUGGCGAGAUAUGAUGCCUUUGACACCCCUUUCCCUGCCCUCUAUUGCAAACCUACUCAUUUUCUACAUUAUCUUCCCACCCAAUAACAACAUAUUAAUUUUCAACAUUAUCUUCCCCGCCUAAUAGGAACUUACUCAUUUUCUACAUUAUCUCCCCACCCAAUAACAACAUAUUAAUUUUCAACAUUAUCUUCCCCGCCUAAUAGGAACUUACUCAUUUUCUACAUGAUCUCCCCACCCAAUAACAACAUAUUAAUUUUCAACAUUAUCUCCCCCACCUAAUAGGAACCUACUCAUUUUCUACAUUACAUUCCCCACCUAAUAGGGACCUACUCAUUUUCUACAUUAUCUUCCCCACCUAAUAGGAACCUACUCAUUUUCUACAUGAUCUUCCCCUGUAAUAACCACCUACUAAUUGUCUACAUUAUCUUUCCCAUGUAAUAACAAACUACUAACUUCAACAUGAUCUUACCCUCCUAAUUAACAACAUACUUAUUUUCUACAUGAUCUUUCCCCUGUAAUAACAAACUACUAAUUCUCAACAUGUUUACCCGCUUAAUUACAACAUACUAAUUUUUCUACAUCAUCUUUUCCCUGUAAAACAAACUACUAAUUUUCAACAUUAUCUUAUCCACCCAGUAAGAACCUACACAUUUUCCUACAUUAUCUUUCUCAUUGUAAUAAGAACCUACCCAUUUUCUACAUGAUCUUUCCCCUGUAAAACAAACUACUAAUUUUCAACAUGAUCUUAUCCACCCAGUAAGAACCUACAAAUGUUCUACACUAUCUCUUGAGAAGGAGCCUUGAACAGCACAGACAGAGGUUCCAUGCAAGGAGCUGUAACUUUUCUUUCCUUUUUUUACUUUCCCACCAUUAUUUCCCUUCAUUUAUCUUCCUUUCAUAUAAUAUAACAUGUAUUGUACGCGUCGUAAAUGAGUGCUGUGGAGACAAUUAAGAACAUCUCCCAGUUGUCUAGUUACUUUGAGCUGUGAUCUCCACAGUCAGUAUUAGCCGUGGUUGACAGCUCUGUAGUAGUUGUCUACUCUCACUGAAACAUAAUGUAUUUCUAGUAGUCAGGUAAUGAAAAAGUGGAGACAUAUACAGAGUCUGGAUGCAAAUAGCUUUUUAUUUGCUUUAAUUUGUGCCCCUAUCUCGUCAGGAUAGUAACCACUAUAAUGAGAGUUUCUGUAUCCAUAUGCAAGCACCUUAAACUCGAAGGAUGAAUUAACCAUAUUUGCAUAUUGACAUACCCCCUUUUUUUAAAUGAUUUAUCCUACGUUUUAUCCACUGUAUCUUUGAUUCAACCAUAUUUCCAUAGUUUCAAGGGAGUUCAUUCUGGAUAACCACUGACUGUCAUGGAUUUGGUAAACAUUGCAUGACCAUCACCAGUUAACAUAUUUAAAUGAAAUGUGUCCUCUAGCGGCUUGUGAAAGAAACAGGACAUGUUUAGGGUACCUCCCUGCAGGGUUAGACAGUAACAGGACAAGUUUAGGGUACCAUUCACCCUGCAGGGUUAGACAGUAAGAGGACAUGUUUAGGGUACCAUUCACCCUGCAGGGUUAGACAGUAAGAGGACAUGUUUAGGGUACCAUUCACCCUGCAGGGUUAGACAGUAACAGGACAUGUUUAGGGUACCAUUCUCCCUGCAGGGUUAGACAGUAAGAGGACAUGUUUAGGGUACCAUUCACCCUGCAGGGUUAGACAGUAAGAGGACAUGUUUAGGGUACCAUUCUCCCUACAGGGUUAGACGGUAACAGGACAUGUUUAGGGUACCAUUCUCCCUGCAGGGUUAGACAGUAAAAUGUGUCUGCGCUUGGUUGAGACUCUGCUUGCAUUCAGAUUACACUUCGGGUCAGGUAUCCAUCAGUGUAGAAAUGCAUUAGUGAAGCCCGGGUUUAUGAAAUUGCGUGUGUCAUAAGAGUGUUAUGUGGAAGGGUCAAGGUCAGGGUCAAUUUCAUCUCACUUCUGGUCAAUUAAGGAAAUGUAUUGAAUUUGUAUUAAUGAAUUGAAUAAAUCCUACUCAUUGAACACGGUUAACAUACUGCCCAACCAAGUCCCAAUCAUGAAUUGGAUAUCAAUUCCUUUUUUGCAGAGUAAUGUUUUCUUUCUGUGUCAUCCUGAAGCAGCUCCUCGCUGCGGUUAAAUGUUUAAAAACAUUUGUCUUUCAUCAAAGACAACGACUACAGACAGGACAGAGUACGCUGACAUAUGCAAACAAAUCACAAAGCACUUGCUUCCUUCAGACAGUGACGGUGAACACAGGCCUGCCAAUGUGUGACGUGUGAUUCAAUAAGAUUUCAACCGCAUAUAGAAUGAUGAAAUUGACACUUAUUAACAACGACUGAAACACACAAAAUCACACAAUAUACUUACAGUAUAUAUACUGAACAAAAAUAUAAGCGAUGUUGGUCCCAUAUUUCCUGACUCGAAAUAAAAGAUCCCUGAAAUGUUCCAUACGCACAAAAAGCUAAUUUUUCCCAAAUUUAUGGCACAAAUUUGUUUACAUCCCUGUUCGUGAGCACUUCUCCUUCGCCAAGAUAAUUCAUCCACUUGACAGGUGUGGCAUAUCAAGAAGCUGAUUAAAUGACAUGAUCAUUACACAGGUGCUUGUGCUGGGGAGGCCACUCUAAAAGGCCACUCUAAAAUGUACAGUUUUGUCACAUAACACAAUGCCUCAGAUGUCUCAAGUUUUGAGGGGCCGUGCAAUUGUUAUGCUGACUGCAGGAAUGUCCAGCAGAGUUGAUGCCAGAAAAUGUCAUGUUAAUUUCUCUACCAUAAGCCGAGUCCAACGUCACUUUAGAGAAUUUGGCAUUAUGUCCAACCGCAGACCAUGUUUAACCAUGCCAGCCCAGGACCUCCACAUCCAGCUUCUUCUAAAGCAGGAUCACCUGAGACCCACCACCCAGACAGCUGACGAAACUGUGGGUUUGCACAACCAAAGAAUUUGUGCACAAACUGUCAGAAACCAUCUCAGGAAAGCUCAUCUGUGUGCUCAUCGUCCUCAACAGGGUCUUGACCUGACAGCAGUUUGGCUUCGUAACCAACUUCAGCGAGCAAAUAAUCACCUUUGAUGGUUACUGGCACACUAGAGAUGUGUGCUCUUCACGGAUGGUUUAAAUCGUAGAUGGCAGACAGCGUGUAAGACGUCAUGUGAGCGAGAGGUUUGCUGAUGUCAACAUUGUGAUCAGAGUGUCCUAUGGUUGUGGUGGGGUCAUGGUAUGGGCAUGAAUAAGCUAUGGACAACGAACACAAUUGCAUUUAUCAAUGGCAAUUUGAAUAAACAGAGAUACCGUGACGAGAUAUCCUGUGGCCCGUUCAUCACCUCAUGUUUUAGCUUGAUGAUACACAGCCACAUGUCGCAAGGAUCUCUACACAAUUCCUGGAAGCUGAAAAUGUCCCAGUUCUUCCAUGACCUGCAUACUCACCAGACAUGUCAGCCGUUGAGCAUGUUUGGAAUGCUCAGUAUUGACGUGUAUGACAGCACGUUCCAAAUUCCCAUCAAUAUCCAGCAACUUCGCACAGCCAUUCCACAGGCCACAAUCAACAGCCUGAUCAACUCUAUGCAAAGGAGAUGUGUCACGCAGCAUGAGGAAAAUGGUCACACCAGAUACUGACUGGUUUUCUGAUCCACGCUCCUACUUUUGUUUUAAGGUAUGUGUGACCAACAGAUCUGUAUUCCCAGUCAUUUGAAAUCCAUAGAUUAGGAUGUAAUGAAUUCAUUUAAAUUGACUGAUUUCCAUGUAUGAACUGUAAGUCAGUAAAAUCGUUGAAAUUGUUGCAUGUUGCGUUGAUAUUUUUGUUCAGUGUACAUAUUAUAUACAUAGAUGCCUCUGUUUCACGCUCAUACAGAGCAACACAGAUGGACAGAAUGUUCCUAUGUCAAUAUUGAUCACACUAAACAGAUCUGGAUAGGUUAAUGCUUGAGACUUAAAGUGUUUCAUCACUGGCAUCAAGAGUCAAAACAAUCAACUCUUCUUUCAGAAGAAAACCUGAAAGUUGAAUUACCAUCAACAACACCUAAGGCUCCAUAUAGCCCUACAUACUACAUAUAUUUAGUGCACUACAUUUAGCCAGGGCCCAUAGGGCUCUAGUCAAAAGUAGUUCACUAUGUAGGGAAUAGGGUGCCAUUUGUCAUGCACAAAAAUUAUUUGACAUUUCUUUAAAAAAAAAUGUUUAGGCAAUGUAGAACAAUAAAUAGGAUAUAAUUUUCAAAUAUUCAAAAAACAGGUGGCAUUUUUGUUAUUUUGUUAUUUGGAAUUCCCCAUUUGUUUGCUCAUCCAUGACUUAGAGUUAGAGUCUGCAUUUGUUAAAGACAUGGAAUGCAGUUUAAAGGUAAAUGUGUCUUUCAGGAGGGGAUGAUCACUUUAGGUCAGUUUCGCUUUGUGCCAAAGGUUUCACAUAUGAACCAAAAAAAAAGGAAGAUAGUGAGAUAAACUUCCACAGAACUUAAAUGAUUAGUAGAGAGUCAUGUGCGUUGUUUUCCUCCUCUAGUAUUUUUUUCUACUUUUCUAAAAAUCCAGCUCCCAGGUCGCCGUAACCAUAGUGAUAGAAACAACGUCACCCGUCGGGGUUUCCAAAAUCAUUGAUUUCUCUAUGAAUAUUUGUUUGUUUUUUACAAAAAAAAGAAGUUUUUUUUUUAAUUAUAAAAUAAUUUCAUUGGGAUGUUAUUUUGCAUCAUCAUCUGCAUGUGGGCCAUUUUUACCCAUUUUUUAUCACUAGCUUGCUAUGCUCCUAAGUUGUUUUAACGUGUAACAGAUGGAUUUGUGUUGUCAUGUGGCCAUCAUCGACCAAUUGUGUUGUUAUAACCAUAUAUCCCUUUUGAGGCAAUUAACAAUACAUGGCUAACAAACACACACAAAAAAUCUAUUUCAAAUGUGUAAUGAAUAUGAGGCAUGUACACACAAGAUGAAUAUCACCUCACCUUUGUGAUUUGUUUUGUUUUAAUAUUGUACAGAACAGUACCUUUGAGAAGAAUUGACAAGGUGGCAUCUAACAAGAUUGGUUUAUAUAUUGUUGAGUAAAGGUUUAGUCACCUGAAUUCAGUCAUGAAAAAAGAGAAUCAAAAGUAAAUUAAAUGUAAAACAAUGAGACGACAAUCUCUGCUCUAAUGUAAAUGGCUACAUAUGCAUAUAUUGGUGAGUGUGUGUGUGUGCAGCGAGUGUGUGUGUGUGCAUUUUUGUGUGUAUGUAUACUGGCAUGAACCUUGCCAAAAUAUUUUAUGUACACACGUAUCUUGUAUAAAAUCUAUAUAUGAAAUACCUGCUAUAUAAUAUAUAUGCUUGUAAAUUAGUCAUUGGUGGGUACAGGUUCAAGGUUGCUUGGAGAGAAAGCUUAAAUGUUUGCCAGCAGUAUAGUAUUGAUCAACUCUGUGUUGUCAUGCCUUUGUAAAAUAUCCCAUCAAAAUCUAAGAAAAAAUGACCUUCCAUACAUGUAAUUUUACUUGAACCAUUAAAUAUUGAAUCGUCAAA